AUGGCCUCAAUUGCGCGGUGCCUGCGGGCAGCUCGCCCCUCGACCAUCUCACGCCUCGCCCAAACCCCCUGCGUGCGCUCCUCCAACUGGCAAGCCCCGGCAGCGCGAGCAUUCUCUGUCUCCCCGAUAAGAGACAUCCGCAAAUACACCAAAGACCACGAGUGGAUCGACCUGAACGCAGACCAGACAGCGGGCGUGAUCGGCAUCUCGACGUACGCGGCCGAGGAGCUGGGCGACGUGGUGUACGUCGAGCUGCCGGAAGAAGGCAAGGAGAUGGCCGCGGGCGACACCCUGGGAGCCGUCGAGUCGGUCAAGAGCGCCGCCGACAUCAACGCGCCCCUCGCCUGCACCGUCACCGCCGUCAACGCCCUGCUCGAGGAGAAGCCCGGAACCAUCAACCAGGUCCCCGAGGACGACUCCCACGGCGGCGGCUGGAUCGCCAAGGUUUCUGUUGGCGAACAGGGCAACAAGGACCUCGAGGCCCUGAUGGACCUGGAGGAGUACAAGGCCUUCACCGGGUCGGAUGAGCAUUAG